CAAACUAGAAUGGAGAAUUUCAUUCUCUCAAGCAGAGCAAAUACUUGUUUAUUCAAUGAAUCAUUGUCAGUUUUUGUGUUAUGGUGUCUUCAAAAUUUUUCUGAAAGUAAUUAAUUGUCAGCCGAAUACAUCCGUUCUCUGCUCAUAUUUCAUAAAAACUAUUGUCUUUUGGGUCAUACAGAACAAUACGUCUUUGUCCUGGACACCUGAGAACUUAUUGACUUGUUUUUGGGAAAGCUUUAAAUUAUUGAUUCACAUGGUAUAUACUGGGGAAUGUCCAAACUUUUUUAUUCCACAAAACAACAUGUUUAGAGUGAAAGUCACUGGUUCUGUACAAACUUCUUUAUUGAGUCAGUUGUAUGGUUUGUACAGUAAGGGGAUAUCAUGUCUACUAUUAAGUGAAAAAAUCCGACCUUACCUCAGUAUUGCUAUAUUAAACAAAACAUUGAGAGUCCAGACAGACGAGAACAGUAUUAUAUCUACCACUAAAUUAGAUAUCAGCUUAUUUACAGAAUUAUCUACAUUUAAUCAAGAAAUUAGUCGUAUUGAGGAAUUUGCUGUUUACAUGAAACAGAUAGAGAAUAUGAUCGGGAUAAGGCUUAAAUCCUAUGAAAAAGUAUCUUUACAAUGUAUCACAUCAGAGGUGAUACGAUGUAUUGCCAUGUUCUUACAGUGUAGAAUUAAUCAAAAUGAAACCCGGAAUAAGGUUUUCUAUAUGACAAAAGUAAUUACAUUGCUGAGACAGUCGUGUAGGUUUGGUUGUUUAUCUGACAUUCUGUAUCUUGCUAUGUAUUUCUACAGAACACGUAGAUAUGAAGACUCACUCAGUUUUUUACAUAAAGCACAUGCUAGCAUGUCAUUACCGUAUGUUAUGUAUCAUAAUCAUGUUAAUGUAGAAAUGUACAGGCACUACAUGGAAAGGAAUACCCUUGGUACUAAGAUGAGAAGAGCAAUAUUGCAAGAUAUUGUCAUUUUUUAUCAGUACAGUUACAUUGAUGAAUUAGUGCUAGAACAGGGAAUGAGUAAGAAGCAUGGUAUGCAUAUAUUACAAAUCCCCCCUUUAGUGAUGUUACAUAUGUUGUUUAUACUGAAUCACCACAGACUGGGUGACACAGUAAGAUCACAACAAUCUCUACACGAUCUACAGACUCUGCUUCUCUAUGAUGACGGUGUUUAUGUACCUCCAAUCCUCAGAGAUAUAUCGUGGCAAAUACUCGGAAUCUGUCAACAAAUCUGUGGCGACUAUUCGGGAUCUCUCCGGUCUUAUCGAUAUUCCCUACAACAAAUAUCAUUGCACAAACUUCAGAAAGCAACAUUGUUAAGGAUAAACUCUCUUCCACAUGAUUUGACAUUUUAGGAAGAAGUAAAUGUUCUUGAAUCUUUUGAAAAAUAUUAUAGGACACUGUUUAGUAUGCUUUCUUCAUGUAUAUACCGUUUACACUUGGGUCUAUUUGUGAUGCAUGUAAGUCU